ACAAAGGCGGCGCACAGCCUGUGUCAUCCGCCAUUUUGUGCGAAGCAAGGUGGCCUCCACGUUCCCUAAGCGUCUUCUCCGCUUCUGUCUUGACCGCCCCUUGAUUACGGACAUGUCUCGGGAUCGGUUCCGGAGCCGCGGUGGUGGCGGUUUCCAUCGGCGCGGAGGAGGCGGUGGUCGCGGCGGCCUCCACGACUUUCGCUCUCCGCCGCCCGGCAUGGGCCUCAAUCAGAACCGCGGACCCAUGGGUCCCGGCCCGGGCCAGGGUGGUCCCAAACCCCCGAUCCCGCCACCGCCUCCACACCAACAGCAGCAGCAGCCACCACCGCAGCAGCAGCCUCCACCGCAGCAGCCGCCGCCGCCGCUUCAGCCACCGCAUCAGCAGCCGCCACCGCAUCAACAGCCGCCACCGCAUCAGCAGCCGCCACCGCCACAGGACUCGUCCAAGCCCGUCGUUCCUCAGGGACCCGGCCCGGCUCCUGGAGUAAGCAGCACUCCGCCGGCCUCCGGCCCGGCUCCUCCCGCCACUCCCCCGACCUCUGGGGCCACCACUGGGCCAGGCCCUAUCCCGACCCCGCCGCCCGCUGUCACCACGGCGCCCCCCGGGGCGCCCCCGCCUACGCCGCCGAGCAGCGGAGUCCCCACCACCCCACCUCAGGCUGGGGGUCCGCCGCCUCCACCCGCAGGGGGCCCUCUCCCGGGGCCUAAGCAGGGCCCAGGACCCGGCGGUCCCAAAGGUGGCAAAAUGCCAGGCGGGCCGAAGCCCGGCGGUGGCCCGGGCCUAGGCGCUCCUGGUGGCCAUCCCAAGCCGCCGCAUCGAGGAGGCGGGGAGCCUCGCGGAGGCCGGCAGCACCACCCCCCCUAUCACCAGCAGCACCACCAGGGUCCCCCGCCCGGUGGGCCCGGCGGCCGCAGCGAGGAAAAGAUCUCCGACUCGGAGGGGUUUAAAGCCAACUUGUCUCUGUUGAGGAGACCUGGAGAGAAAACUUACACUCAACGUUGUCGGUUGUUUGUUGGGAAUCUACCUGCUGAUAUUACGGAGGACGAAUUCAAAAGACUGUUUGCUAAAUAUGGAGAACCAGGAGAAGUUUUUAUCAACAAAGGCAAAGGAUUUGGAUUUAUUAAACUUGAAUCUAGAGCAUUGGCUGAAAUUGCCAAAGCUGAACUUGAUGAUACACCCAUGAGAGGUAGACAGCUUCGGGUUCGCUUUGCCACACAUGCUGCUGCCCUUUCCGUUCGAAACCUUUCACCUUAUGUUUCCAAUGAACUGUUGGAGGAAGCCUUUAGCCAGUUUGGUCCUAUUGAAAGGGCUGUGGUAAUUGUGGAUGAUCGUGGAAGAUCUACAGGGAAAGGCAUUGUUGAAUUUGCUUCCAAACCAGCAGCAAGAAAAGCAUUUGAAAGAUGCAGCGAAGGUGUUUUCUUACUGACAACAACUCCGCGUCCAGUCAUUGUGGAACCCCUUGAACAAUUAGAUGAUGAAGAUGGUCUUCCUGAAAAACUUGCGCAGAAGAAUCCGAUGUAUCAAAAGGAGAGAGAAACUCCUCCUCGUUUUGCCCAGCAUGGUACGUUUGAAUAUGAAUAUUCUCAGAGAUGGAAGUCCUUGGAUGAAAUGGAGAAACAGCAGAGGGAACAAGUUGAAAAAAACAUGAAAGAUGCAAAAGACAAAUUGGAAAGUGAAAUGGAAGAUGCCUAUCAUGAACAUCAGGCAAAUCUUCUGCGUCAAGAUCUGAUGCGACGCCAGGAAGAAUUAAGGCGAAUGGAAGAACUUCACAAUCAAGAAAUGCAGAAACGAAAAGAAAUGCAAUUAAGGCAAGAAGAGGAACGACGUAGAAGGGAAGAAGAGAUGAUGAUUCGUCAGCGUGAGAUGGAAGAACAAAUGAGACGCCAAAGAGAGGAAAGUUAUAGCCGAAUGGGCUACAUGGAUCCAAGAGAAAGAGACAUGAGAAUGGGUGGUGGAGGAGCAAUGAACAUGGGAGAUCCCUAUGGUUCAGGAGGCCAGAAAUUUCCACCUUUAGGUGGUGGUGGUGGAAUAGGUUAUGAAGCUAACCCUGGAGUUCCACCAGCAACCAUGAGUGGUUCCAUGAUGGGAAGCGACAUGCGUACUGAGCGCUUUGGGCAGGGAGGUGCGGGACCUGUGGGUGGACAGGGUCCUAGAGGAAUGGGGCCUGGAACUCCAGCAGGAUAUGGUAGAGGGAGAGAAGAGUAUGAAGGCCCAAACAAAAAACCCCGAUUUUAGAUGUGACAUCUAGGCUUUCAUUCCAGUUUGUUUUUGUCUUUUCUUGUUUAGAUACUUUAUCUUUUAAAUUCUUGCAUUUUAGUAAGAAAGCUACCUUUUUAUGGAUGUUAGCAGUUUAUUGACCUAAUAUUUGUAAAUGGUCUGUUUGGGCAGGUAAAAUUAUGUAAUGCAGUGUUUUGAAACGGAAUUUUUUUUCCUUUUUAUUUCCUUUUUUUUAAAAACUGUAUAAUGUCCCUCAAGUUAUGGCAGUGUACCUUGUGCCACUGAAUUUCCAAAGUGUACCAUUUUUUUUUACUGUGCUUCAAAUAAAUAGAUAAAAUAGUUAUAAUAUUGAUCUUCAACUUUGCCAUUCAUGCUUUUGUGCACAUUAGGCUAGGUAUUCCACUUUGAAGCAUGAGAAAUCUCUAGACCUUCAAAUGGCAUAUGCCAUUUCUGGGAAGUGUAUCUGUAGGCUAAGUAUUCCUUUCUAUAAAUAAGUACUCCCUCGUUUUAAAAAGAAGAAAUGCAUAUUGGAGCAGUUUCAUGAUUUGAUUUGUUUGGCAUUAUAGGAAGCAAGUGGUGCUAAGUACUUUUAAAUGGUUAUAUAAGCAAAGCUGAACUGUAAAUCUUCAUUCAGGAAUGUGUAUUAAGAUAAUGGAAUGGGUGUAAGAUUACUGGUAGGGGUAGAAGGUGUGAAUGACUAAAUGGAUCUUUUAUGGCCCUAUGAUCUAUCCUUUCCUUGAAAGUUUCUGAAGAAAAAGUGGAAAGAUCAUUUUAUUGCAUUCCUCCAUUCUUGUUUUUAAAAGAAUGAGUCCCAAGCCCUGCAAAAUGGCUUGUAUUGAACUUUCACGUUUGAAUUAAAGAUUGUUAAACAUGAAAUCUUUUCAUGUAUUACUUUAAGCAAUAUAUAAAGAUUGGGGUUUAUAAAGUCUGAAAAAUUCAACCUGAAAGUAAGAACUAUAGUAACCAUAAACUAGGUGUAGUUAUAUAUAUACAUUUGUACUCUGAAACUUACAUCUUGUUAGGCCUCUUCGUUGGGCAAAAUGAUCAGUAGGACUACAGAAAACUACUUGCUCUCUUUUCUAAGAGUGGUGACUGUUAACAAAUAGGGUUGCAGAUAGCCAUUCUUAAUUAUAAAAUACUUGUUAAUCUGUUUUUCCAUAGUUCCAUUUGAUGUGGCACUAAAUCUAGAGAGGGUUGUUCAUGCUACACAGUAUAAAUAUAAACACCCUCCCACCGUAAAGCUUUGGAGUGUUUCAGUGGUGUUGUCAAUUUAUUGUCAACUUCAUUGAAUCUCAUUAGAGUACGAUAUUUUGACUAAAUGCUAGAGUACAUUGUUACUGUUGUCUGAUAGUGCAACAGUGGAGACCUGCUUUCCCAGUGUAUACACAUUAGCAUUAGCAGAGGGAACAGCUUCCUAAAGUAGGCAAAGUAAUUGAAUGGUUUGGCUUUGUUCUAGAACUCUCACUAUGGAAUGUGUCUUCCUUUUCACCUCAGUUCUUGGUGCUAAUUGGCAAAAGUAAAAUUCUAAAUCAAAUCUUUGUUAAAAUGCUGAAGUUUAGAAUUGUGCCUGUGUACAAAGGGAGCUCUAUUGUUGAAACAAUUGAGCACUUUAUGCUUGGGAAACUGGACAAUAUUAAAAGUAAAACACUAGUGGAGAAUAAGGGCAUGUCACACAAUUCUGUUUGUGUGACUGACAGGUACAUGGUGUGCUAAUUAAGGGAAUUUCAUUAGAAAAUAUUGAUUAUUUCUCUUCACCAAGACACCUGGACAUGGGUAGUAGUUCUCCCAUAAUUUCAUCAAUGAGGAAGUUUUGUCCCUGGUCAAGUUAUGAAUUGGUGAUAUGUAUGAGAUUUUUCUGUAUGGAAACAAAGGUCUUGAUUUGAGAGGAGUCCAUUACAAUUUGAUUUGAAUUGUGUGGAAGGGACUCCACUAAUGAUAAAAUAAGGGGUGUUCAUGGGACACCCAUGGAGGGUGAACUUGUAUGUGUGUGGGUGGGGGCUGGUGGGGAAAUGGGAAAAUCUGCCUAUAAAAUUAAUGUUUCAGUUUAUUUUUCAGAUUACAUGCCUUUCUUUAUAAGGGAUGCUGGCACAGACCCCUAAAAUAAGCUUUUGGUAGUACUGUACCUUUGAAGAGUGGUGAAGGAUGCUAAUGGAUAAUCUGCUGAAAGUUGUGGUUUUGAUGGCCUUACUGUGGGCUGUAGAAUUGCUAAACGUUGUUUAGCAAGUAAUGUUGCUUAGUUUCAACUAAGUUUUUUACUUUUAUCACUGAAAUAGCAGUGUAUACCAAGGGUUGUAAGCUGCUCAAAUAGACUUUCUGUAAGUCUUGCAAUGUAUAUGAUAGUUUUUAGCCUAACGUGAUUUUAAGUAAUCUUAAAAAGUAGUUGCCUAAAAGCUGAUGAAACUUGGGGUGGGAAAGGGAAGGUAGUGGUUUCGAAGUAGCCAUUUUUCUCAUUUAAAGAAAUCACCUGCCCCCAUUUUCCUCUUCUCUACUUUCUCUCAUAAUUUUGUUUUAAGAGGAACACUGGUCAUUUUUAAACUUACUACUCCUAAUCUUUAAAAACUGCAUUCUCUGAGAGACCUCAGUGUAUGUAAUAGGUAUCUUAUAAGCCUAACCCAUUGGCUGUCUACUAUUUAGUGAAAUCACAAUCCUCUUUUCUUAGAACACUAAUUAAAUUCCUUAAGUACUGCAAACCCCACCACUCUUUACAGAUGUAUUAUAUCACUAAUACAAACAAUAUAAUUUGGGAAAUUGUAAUGUUACGCUUGUGCAAUUUUUAUAAGUGGCAUAUUACGGCAGAUAAAAAUUUAGACACUUGGCUUUUCUUGGGCAAGCCACUAAGUUUUGGCGGAAUAUUUUCUGGUGUUCUUGGACUGCAAUUAUGCACUAUUAAAGUAGUGGCCUGCUACAUAACUGCAUUUAGCCAGCAUUUCUGCAGUGCGUAACUGUGAGGAACGUAGUACCGCAAAUGGCAAUGGACAUUAGGACCCGGAUGUAGUAUUCCUGCUUGCUCCAAGAUUCUCAUUGCCGACUGCAUACAGGUAGGUAACAAGCAAUAUAAUCUAACUUGGUGACUUGCUAUGUACUUUUAUUCCGUGGGCAUUCUGACAUCACACUUCUGACAAUGAAAUAACAGUGCAGCACCCAACACUUGUACGGUAAAGCUAGCUUAUCAAAACUGCGUGGGUUUGGGGUUAGAGCUGUAAUUUGUCAGGCAGACUUCAAUGCUGUUGCAGUUCUCAGAUAAAAAGUGCAAACUUGAUUGUUUGGUAUAUAUCUGAUUCAGUUGUGUGGUUUUCUUUAGUUGCAUUGUAACUGAAGAUAACAUGGAACACAUCAGUGGUGUGGGGGAAAAGGGAACCAAACCAUACUUGGGAGGCAGACUGCUUUUAGCAUCUUGACCAUGGACUGUAUAGCAUAUGAUAAUUAGUCUCUGUUGUAGCAAACUGACCUUGCCUUGUAGGUCAGCAAUAUCAAUAAUUUCAGACUGCAAUUUUAGAGGUAAUUAUUCUGCAGGUAGAGUGAAUUAACAAAAAAAAAAUAGUGGGUUUUUUGUAAUGUGAUAUACAAUAUUUUUUAAAAACGAGCUCUAUGGAAAUACCUUUUUACUAACUUGGGCUUAGAUGGGAAUCUAAUGUGAAUAGUUCAGGUUACGUGAUUUUACUAAAUACGUUUAUACUCUAAACCUGGGGGAAGUUGGUGUGGCACAUUGACUUGCCUACAGUUCAGUACAUGUUGGGAAUCAUUUCCCAAUCAUAAGACCUCGUCGUAUUAUGUAGAAUAACUGCACGUGUUCAGAGUAGCUUUUUGAAUUUGGUUCCCUUAGCUUUAGGGAUGUGAUGUUACAAUCCAAAAUGUUUAAUUACAAAGAAUCUUCAAAAAUACCUUCUUUUGUUGCUUAGGACGUACGCUUUGCAUCGACUUUUGUUCCAGACCUCAACUCAACUUAAACUUUGGUCUCUGAACUGGUUUUUAGCUAGUGUGCAUGGGAAACAGCUUUCAUGUAUAAUGCUUUCUGCUCUGUAACUGGAAAGUUUGGUUUACUUUGCCAUAAAUGUGUGAAAUCGAUUCAUGACUCUGAGAAUUUUCUUCCAUUGCAUCAAGAAAAAUGGCUUGCUCUUCAGCAAGCAAGUCAUAAGGUGGGGACAGAUUUGUACUUUUAUAUGUAGUCCAUUCAAGCAAAUAACUUUUGACUCUCCUGCUAGAUGAAAGAGCAAAUGGUGAUUAGUUUAGCUCGCUUAUGAAUGUAAUACAAAGCAAACACAAUGGUAGGUGUUAGUGACAAGACUGUCACUAAAUUGGCAUACAUCCCUGUGAUGGGGUUUUCCUCUGGCAUGAUCCAUUAAAUCGGUGGCCAACACUUGCUGCCGUGAUUUAGGGAUUGAAUGUUUAGAAAUUAAAGCUCAGGUUUAUUUCUUAACAGUUGAUAACAAUUUUGUGAGAAUGUACUUGUAAUAUGGACUUCAGGAACAUUAUUGGGGUGGGGGGUUAAUUUUGCUUCAUCCUGCUUAUUUUCAGAUGAAUAGACUUUUGCACUUUCAAAUGAGAGACCUGUGACUUAGGUCGAUUCUUACUAGUUUUGAUUUUGAUUUGUACGUAGCUAUAAUUUGUGAAUUUUAGUGUAGAGGGUCUUUAAAAACCACUUAGUCAAAAAGCUGGGAGUAAAUGGGUUUCAGUAAUAAUACUACUGAGGUGCUUGCAUUGUAUUUCAUAUUCUUUUUCUUGCUACAAAUGAAAAACUAUUCUUUUUAAUGAGAAUGGGCUGAUGUUCAGAGGUGUGAUGCCAGAAUGCAUUUUCGUACUGUUAGGCCCUUGGAACAGAUACAGGUGCUUUCUGAAAGAUAAAAGAAAUGCAACGGGUGCUCUUCAUACAAGGUUGCAAAACCUACGAAGAAUACAUAACAGUCUCACUCUCCCCCAAUAGAGAUAGCUGCGUGUGACUAGUUUUGGACUUUAAUCUUAAUGGGGGUUGCAUGUCUUCUAUUGUUAAUCAUUGUCAGCUGCAGUGACACGAUCCACAGUCCUGCAUUUACUGUUUUUCCCUUAAUGAUUUUGGAUAGGUUUUAGAGAGCCGGGAUGUUUGUUCUGGGCCUUUAUUUGGUUUUGGCUUUAGCUGAUAAUGUUCAGUGCUCUUGUCAGCUAGUGCAGUUCUCAAAUGGCUGCCUAUUAGGAAAAGAACAGAGGAUUUGACUGCUCCUAAUCAUCUGUCAUUGCUGCUAGAUAAUGAUUGGCAAUUUUUAAAGACUCAACUGUGAAAAUCUCACAGUUGUUGGUAAAUCAUCAACCAUAAAAAUGUUGCUUUUGAACACCAGUGCUGAAAAGAUUUUAUUCAGAAGGUGAAAAGUGGGGGGCUGAAUGCAGAAUAGGAUAAUCUGGAGAAUGGGAAGAAUGCAAAACGAUAUAGUAUCCCUUAUGGAUGGUACAUGUGCAACAGGGAACUCUAUUUCAUAUACCUCUGGCAGUGAUAAUCAGGGAGGAAGAAAAACCUGGAACUUGAAUUAAGGCUGAUCUUUCUGGUUUUUGUGCAGUGGCCCCGCAGGCAUAUAUAAUGAAGGUGAAUGUCUUCUCCCUCAGAAAAAAACUCAGGUUCCUUGCUGUCCCUAUAAGACAUAGCUUCCCUGCCCUAACUUAAAUCAGUGAGGACUUGGAAAGGAUGAAGCAAAUAUAUAGGAUUACAGGAUAACAACUGCAUUGUUGUGUACUGUGGAAUGGGGAGGGUACUCUUGGAGGACUCCUGCUGAAGGUGGUCAGUCCACCUGAGAAUGGAAGACUUACUUGAAUGGGGCGCAGGGUACGUGCUUUAUGAAAAGAGAGCUGAUGUUAAAACUCAUUUGGUGUAAGGUAAACGUUGUCACAUACCUUCACAUAAGGGAUAGUAUAUUUUGGAUUGCAGUCAAACUUUAUUGUACUCAGACUGGUGAAAAUAGCAGUUAGGCUUUUGUCUUUUAAAAGAAGGUAUAGUUUUCAUUCUAAUUCAGGUGUCUGCUUUUACUUUAUGUAAGAAUAAUUUUAGAUUCCCCCCCUCCAUGAAGUUUCUUCCUACUUUUUUAAUGCUGUUACUUGCCCCCAAUCUUGGUCUCUGGAAUUUUACUCUUUAAAUUUUGAAGUUAACUAGCAUUUUCAAACCUUAUACCCUUGUCUCUUGUGAUAACUUUUUCUUAUUAUUCUUUAGGUACGAGUGGUUGAUGUUGGCUGAUACUGGAGUGCACAUUCAUUUGAAGUGGAUAAUUGUUCUCAAGACAUCACACAGCAUGAGCCAACCAAGAAGGAAAGCCAAAACCUGCUAGACUGCAGAAGUGUUGAGGAUCAGGUGAACUGUGUCCAGGAAACCAGUGAGGAAGAGGGCAAAGAGGAAUGAACAACCUAAUUGUUGUUAAUAAAAGACAUUUAAAAAUCA